AUGGGCCUGAGGGACCAUCUGGAGGAUGGAACAGGCCACAUCCUCAGCCUGGGGCUGGAUCUGGAUUACCUUCAUGUAGAAGGUGCUGAGCGGCAGGCAGGUCUGAGCACUGCGGUCGUUGCUGGGAAUGUAGUAGCCUUACAGGUCGGAGCUGCUGCUUCCUUGAGCAACAGCACCAACAGUAUUGGUAGCAGCAGCACUAGUUUUAGUACUCAUUCAAGCUAUAGCAUCAGUAGUAGUUGCAGUAACCUCUCUGAGGAGUGUCCAGUCUCCGACAGCGAAGAUGAACGCCUCCAGAAUAGCUCCAGUUCUCAAAACUCUCACCAAGAUCAGUCUUCAUUCUGUCAGCCAUUCAAGCAGGACCUGGCACCAAACCGAUCCCCUAGAGACCCCCUACAGCCAGAAGCAUCACCUCCCUCUGACCGGGUCACAGACUGCCGCACCAAGGUAGACUUUGCUCUUAAACUAGGCUACUCUGAGGAGCUGGUGCUGCUGGUGCUGAAGAAACUGGGCCCUGAAGCACUCAUCAACGACAUCCUCGGAGAACUGGUCAAAUUGGGAACCAAGACAGAAAUGGAGCAGCAAAGAGGAGGAGGUGGCGGAGGCUCGACCAUCUCCCAAUUUCCCUCUUCCACUUCGUCUUCCUCUUUGGCCUGCUCCUCCUCCUUCUCCUCCUCCACAUCCUCCCUGGACUCCUGCCGACUGCUGUGCCCAUCCCAACUGCUAGAGGACAAAGAAAACCUUCGGCCUGUUGUGGUGGAUGGGAGCAAUGUAGCAAUGAGUCAUGGCAAUAAAGAGGUGUUCUCCUGCCAAGGCAUCCAGCUGGCUGUUGAUUGGUUCUUGGAACGAGGUCACCGUGACAUCACAGUUUUUGUCCCUGCCUGGAGAAAGGAGCAGUCGCGACCUGAUGCUCUCAUCACAGACCAGGAGAUCUUGCGACGGCUAGAAAAGGAGAAGAUCCUGGUCUUUACUCCAUCUCGCCGUGUGCAGGGACGCCGUGUGGUUUGCUAUGACGACCGCUUCAUUGUCAAACUGGCCUACGAGUCAGAUGGCAUCAUUGUCUCCAAUGACAACUACCGUGAUCUAGCCAAUGAGAAGCCAGAGUGGAAGAAAUUCAUAGAUGAGCGUCUGCUGAUGUACUCCUUUGUAAAUGACAAGUUCAUGCCACCAGAUGACCCACUUGGACGCCACGGACCCAGUCUGGAGAACUUCUUGAGGAAGAAGCCUAUUAUUCCUGAACACAGGAAGCAGCCAUGUCCUUAUGGGAAAAAGUGCACAUAUGGCCACAAGUGCAAGUUUUACCACCCUGAAAGGGGCAGCCAGCCCCAACGUUCUGUGGCUGAUGAGCUCCGCGCCAGUGCCAAAAUUUCAUCAGUAGCUUCCAAAGGCCUGCUGGAAGAUGCCCUGAUGGUGAAGAGCCAAAGUUCUGGCCGACCAGAAGGUACGGCUGAGGCCGAGCCCAGUCGGGGAACUCCAAAGAAACAGCCAAACCCCAGCCAUCGGAGCUUCUUCUCUGACCUCCUAGAGGACAGGCUUCGGGUCCAGUCCAAAGUGGAAGCACGUAGGGGAAGCAACAGCAGCAGCAGCAGUAGCUGUAGCAGCAGCUUCUUAGGGCAUCCAGCUCCAGGAGGUCCUCCUUCAUCUGGAGGCCUGGAACAAUGGGAUCAACCUGGAGGAAGUCGUAGAGGCAGCUCCAGGGUUUCAGGAGCCUCAGGACCAAGCCAGGCUGAGACUUACCAUAGAUGUGAGUCUCCAGAGCUGGGCUACAGCUCAUUAGUAAAGGGCUACUCCAGUUUCAGUCUGGUGGUGCCACAGAGUCCAGAGUGCUUCUUCCCAGCAGAUCUGCGAGAUAGAUCUCUGCUGUCAGACUGCAGCAGUGAAGGCAGUGUCAGCUCUGAUUCAUUCUCUCCUGAUCCCGUGUUAGAUGACGGCCCAAAUUGCCACCAUCACCACCACCACCACCACCAUCCUCACUCCCACCAUCACUGCUCUGGUCAGUAUAACCAACCUGUGAGCCGUGUUCCUCCUGGACUGGGCCAGCAGCACGCGCCUUAUGGAUAUCCCCAUCCUGAAGCACAUCUGAGAAAACAUGGUUUUGGCUUGGAGGACCCUCCGUCUUCUCUUACUUCACAUGCAUCUCCACGUCCUUUCAAGGCCUCAUCAGCAUACCUCCCACCACAUAUUCAGCAUCCAUCACUGAACAGUUUCCCAGGGGAAUUUCAGGCUCUUCCAGUACAUCCAACCCAAACAUCCCCUGGUCACUCCCACUCUCAGAGCUCGUCCCUGGGCCACAGUUUGAUGAGCUCCCUUUGGCAGGAAGGUGGGCUGCAGGACUCCCGAGUGUACGAAGGGUCCCCACUUCGUUCCAGAAGGAGCUACCCUGGGCCAAACCAACAACCACAGCAUCAGGUAAAUUGGGACCUGCACUACCAGCAGCCCUCCAAACCUUGCUAUGAUCCGUUUGCCUUCCAGAGCCUCCCUGAUGUCCAUGAGAAGACUUGGCACUCUCCUUGGGGCAGGCAGGUUCAUUCAUCACCCCGAAACCAUGCUGCAUCAAAUCUUCCACCACCUCCGCAGUUAUCCCAUUCGUCUGUAGCCACCCACAAAAGGCACCCACCCUCAGCGCCUCAGCACCAGGAGCCGCCUACCUUGGGUCGAUACCAGGACCUGAGGGAAAGGGUAUUUGUUAGCUUGUGCGGCAUCUUCCCUCCAGACUUGGUGAGGGUGGUGAUGACCAGGAACCCUCAUGUGAUGGAUGCUCAGAAGCUUGCAGCUGCCAUUUUGAUGGAGAAAUCACAACAUGGUUCUUGAA